AUGAUUCAGCACGCAGUGUCUCAAAAUACCCAAACUGCAGUGGCUGCGGAGCGCCUGAGCAGUCUUCUUCUGGGCAUCGCAAAACUCGACCCUGAACAGUGUGGCUCUCUGGAAAAAGGGGCUAUCACCACUGUCUUUUCACUUUCGUACUGCUGCAUCAUGGAAUGCUACGAGCUCAGACCUACUCCGCUGGCAAUCUCGUCUCUAGGCAAUCAACUUGACGCCUGCAACUUGGCUCUUCAGUGUGUGUAUGGGGCAGCUACGAUGGAUCAAGGUGAUAGGAGAUCGGUAUCCCCACAGCAACAGAAAGUCAAGGAGGCCAUCGAGCAAAUGGACAACCUGAGAGCCAAGUUUUUAGACAAAUUGAAGCAACACGAGGCGGCCAUAUACCGUUCUCAGGCGGUUCUUGAAAUCUUCAAAGCAAAACGUAUGCCUGAUCGUGCGGCGAGAUUUGAGGGCAUGCAUGUGAGCUUCGGUGGAGAAAACCGUGGUAUCCAAGCCGUUGAGUAUCAUGGAAGGACGGAACGCAUUACCUUUCCUCUCUAG